UCGCACACAUAUGACGUCACAGCGAAAAACACAUGUGGUUCUUCCCAACUAUUGCUGUGACAGCACAGAGCAGUUGCUUUCUCUAAACUCACCAGGAUUUUAAAUUCGUAAGUUUUGAUCCCGGCCAAAACCAACCAUGUCUUCGAGCUGUAGAAGACCGGAGCAUAUGGCCCCUCCUGAGGUGUUCUACAAUGAAGAGGAGGCAAAGAAAUAUUCACAGAACUCCCGCAUCAUCGAGAUCCAGAGUCAGAUGUCGGAGCGCGCCGUGGAACUCCUGAGCCUUCCGGAAGACCAGCCCUGUUUCCUGCUGGAUGUGGGGUGUGGCUCUGGACUGAGUGGAGAUCACCUGACGGAGGAGGGACACCACUGGGUCGGUGUGGACAUCAGUCCGGCCAUGCUGGAGGUGGCUCUGGAGCGUGAGGUGGAGGGUGGGCUGGUCUUGGCUGAUAUGGGUGAAGGUGUUCCCUUCAGGCCAGGCACGUUUGACGGCUGCAUCAGCAUCUCUGCUCUGCAGUGGCUGUGUAAUGCAGAUAAGAAGAGCCACAGUCCCCCCAAACGACUCUACGCUUUCUUCAGCUCCCUCUACUCCUGCCUGACCAGAGGCGCACGUGCAGUCUUCCAGAUGUACCCAGAGAACUCUGAACAGCUGGAACUGAUCACUGGCCAGGCAAUGAGGGCCGGCUUUACUGGAGGUGUGGUGGUGGAUUACCCCAACAGCACCAAGGCAAAGAAGUUCUUCCUGUGCCUGUUUGCUGGAGUGAGUGGAGUGCUGCCCAAGGGUCUCGGAUCAGAGAUGGUGGAGAGGGGAGUGUCCUCCCAGGCUCAGUUCACAGCGCAGAGGUCCAGGUUUAAGCACAUGAAGGGGCGGAGUGUGAAGAAGAGCAAAGACUGGAUCGUGGAGAAGAAGGAGAGACGCCGGAGGCAGGGACGGGAAGUGCGUGCGGACACCAAGUACACGGGACGGCACCGGAAACCUCGCUUCUGAGACACACACACACACACACACACAUACAACUGGACCGGACCGGGCUGACUGGGAACAAUAGAGACUCUCUCCAUCUCUCCCACUCUUUCACCUGCGGAUAGAGACUCUCUCUAUCUCUGCGCGUGCGUGCGUGCGUGCGUGCGUGCGUGCGUGCGUGUGUGUGUGUCCAUCACCUCCAGGGGAGCCCCUGCCUGCUGUGCUGCGGAGAGAUGGACGGAUGGAUGAAGGAGAGAUGGAGACAGAAAAGAGGGAUGAAGGAGAGAUGGAUGGAGGAGAGAGAAAGGGAUGAAGGAGAGAUGGAUGGAGGAGAGAGAAAGGAGAGAUGGAGGGAUGGAUGGAUGGGGAGAUGGAGAGAGAGGAAGGACGUUCUCCUAAGCCGGCGGCUCUGGUGUCUUUUAAUGUUUGUAAAUAGUGAUGAUGGAUGACAAAUCUAGAACAUUAAACUGUUUCCCAACAA